UGUACCUGCUGAAGAUAUCAUGCGUGGUAUCGUGCUUUCGCUAGCUGGAUCCAGUUUGUCAGACCUGACCAAGUCUAAUAUUACCAUCAAUGCUCCGACCCAAGAUGACCGCAAUGACAUCAUCGCCCAGGUCAACAUUCCAUCUUCACUCUCAGGAUCGCCAUCAAAUGGCAGUGGUGAAUACGUCCGGGUCAGCUUCUAUGUAUUCUCGACUCCUGCCCUGUUCAUUUCUAAGUCAUUACGCACAAUCAGUGCAGAUAAUGAACGCUUCAAUCGAUCGGCUAACUCGCCAUUGAUUUCUCUCAGUAUUGGUCAAGGGAAAGUAGCAGCCUUGACCGAAUUCAUCAAUUUUACCUUCACUACACUAAAGUCUGGAUACGUGAAUCCCAUUUGUUCAUUCUGGGAUGAGGAGAAGGAAGAUUGGUCUCAGGAUGGAUGUGUUCUUGUUUCUGGAUUCGGAUCAUCAGAUGAUCGCUAUGAUGAGGAGGGUGUGCGCUGUGCGUGUGAUCAUCUUACCAACUUCGCUGUUAUAAUGGAUAUCCAUAGACAGGAGGAUUCAUUAAUCGAGGCAUACAACAUCCUGACUUACAUUGGAUGCUGUAUUUCUAUCUUCAGUCUUCUUGUCACAUUGGCAACCUACCUGUGGAACAAGGAUUUGAGGACAAAACAGACUAACCAAAUCUUCAUCUGUCUGUGCUUGACCUUGCUGUGUCUCUACACGACAUUUCUCAUCAUGAUCUCUCUGGAUUCUAUCAGAGAUUAUCGUGAGGUCCAAGCUGGACCCUGUGGGUUCCUGACGGCCCUAGUUCACUACUUCGUGUUGUCCUCCAUUGCAUGGAUGGGUGUGGAAGGGUACAAUACCUACCUUGUCCUUGUGAAGAUCUUUAACACCUACAUCCAGAAUUUCAUGAUCAAGGCCUUCUUAGCUGCAUGGGGAAUUCCUGCUUUCAUCGUGGUUCUGACCGGAGCUAUUGCUAGAGGCUCUUAUGCUCAUGAUGAUCUAUGCUUUCUACAAUUCUGGGCUCAAAUCGGUGGUCUCCUGAUUCCCAUGGCCAUCAUCCUCCUCAUCAACAUUGUCAUCUUCAUUCUGGUGGUUCGACAGUUGCUCCGGUCAGCCAACAUCGCUGGUCGGGUGAAAAGAGAGGCUAAGGUAGAACGUCGAGAGACUAUCGAACGCGUCCAGAACGCGAUCUGCAUCUUGCUCCUGCUCGGUCUGACCUGGGUCACUGGAUAUCUUCUCUUGAUCCCGUCAUUCAGUCAGGUGGCUCAGCCAAUCUUCGUCGUCCUGAACUCCUUCCAAGGAUUGUUCAUUUUUCUACUCUACUGCGUCCGGAAGCCUCACAUCCGUAAGAAGUGGGGGCUAACUUGUUUCGACAAGUUGCUAAAGAACGGAGCAAGCACUUCCAGUAGUGUGGUGAGUUCGACGGCGUCAUCCUCGUUAAUUGGCAUGGUAAGCAAAUUGCGCCCAGGAGCUUCGGGUAAUUACUUGCUGCCUACCAAAGACGACAAUCCCAAUGCUAUGUGUAGGUUUAAUCCGACCUAUGAUGACAGCCAGAUUGAGGAAGGGGUCACACCACCUAUACACAAAGAUAUCCAGAACUCCACCGAGGACCAGAAAAGGGACACAGAUCGUGAUGCAACAAACACUGAUGUCGUGACGGUAAGUCUCCCACGUAAUGCAUCUGUCAGAGGUGAUGAUGUUUCCACCACCACGAAUGCUGACACAGUCAGUUUUACCCUGAAUGUAACUGAUGUCAAGAAAGCUACUGAGGGCAACGAUGAUUUUGCUUCCAUCAACAAUGAUGCUCAUGUUAGGCUCCCUAAUGAUGCUACGGAUGGCACCAUGCACAAUGAGAGGAGUGAUGAUGUUGCUUCUGCAACAAGUGAUCCAGCCGUCAAUCUUCAAAUGGAUUCAACAGACGUCAGCAAAGGAAAAUAGAGCAGUAUCAUCGAUUCCAUUGGCACCACCAUUUGUGCAACGGCCACUGGCUCAGUUGAGGUUUUGACUAUAGCGAUGCACUUGACUUGUGGCUUAUAAGAAGGUCGUAUUAAGAGAGCAUGAUAUUGUAUUAGCAUACUAGGCAGGGAAGGGGUGGGACAGGCGCCAGCUGAAUCCCCUCUUUCCCCGAGGAUUUGAAAAUUACCAAUAUUCCGUCACCACAUACUCGGGAAAUACGUAAUCAAUUUUUUACAUCUAUACUGUAUUUAAAUGAUGAAAUUAUAUCUCUUCAUUUAUAUAUUUGGUAGCUUAUCGAAGUAUUAAUGACCAUAUACAUUUGUUUUCAUGCUACUUCGUGGUGUUUUACUCAGAGAAGAGGUCUUUUUAAUUUUGCCGAAAAUAUGAUAAGAUGGUGCGAUGAUUUCUUUUUUCUUAAUCAUUUGUAUACAUGACUAGAUAAAUAUGUAUUUGUAUUUCAAAAGGAUAUUAUUAGAAAAUAAAGGUUGCGUAGCUUAUAUCGAAGUUCACAAAUUUCUGUCUUUUUUUGUUGACAUUUUGGCAGAGGUUGAAAAACUGUUUCCAUUGGGAAUCGAAUCGGGUUACUGGUUGAGAACGCCAAUGCCUUAUUCACUAAUCCACAGAGACGGGCCAGUAGCUUCGGCUACACACAUAUCCAAUUGACAGACAGAUUGACCAAUCUCUAAGCUUCAUUUAUUAAUUCCUUUGUUGGGGGCAGGCGAGUUUUGAACAAUAAAAAGCCGCUCGACUCAGUUCGAUCCAAGCAAAUGCUUUCAGAUUCACGUAUAGCUUGGAAUAACUGUAAACAGAUGUAAAUAACCUCUACAACCGCUUUGGCGACUUUCUUGGAAAAAUAUAUAUUCAUGUAUAAUAAUAUAAUGUGUCUGUUUAUGUAUUGUUUGUAUAUAGAUGUGUUUAUGGAAUUCAUCGAAUCAUGACCUAAGAUCCAGUUUUAUAAUUAACAGAUUUAAAUCGAUGUACUAAAAAAGAUAUUAUUCAAAGAUUGAUAUCUGUUGGUGAGUAAGUACUUCUUUUUCAUUUUUGUUAAAUACUUUUAUUUGAUUCUUUCUUAUUUUUUAUCCUUUCUAUUCCUUCUGCAAAACCGUCCGUAUGAAUGUGUUUAUGUAGGUGUGUAUUGAGAGGCUGGUAUUAUGCAAGUCUUUAACAUUUUAUUAAUUAUGCUCA